UCCCAGCGCUGUGGUCAUGUCAGUGUGGUUUUCUAGAGCAGGAGGAGGGACGUUAGCUCGCUGGCCAAGUCUUGACAGUUAGCGUUGCUUAGCUAGCAGCUGUAUGCUAAUAUUAGGCAACGGGACUAAAUGCUUUAAUGGAUAAAAGAAGUUGACGGUUUGCACCAGCUGCUGAGGGAUCAGAUCAUAUUGGGGUAAACGGAUCACAUCAAACUGGAUGAAACUAGGUGAAGCUGAAUCAAAAGUAGACCAGAUCUGAACUGAUCCAGACCAGACUAAUCCAGACCAGACUGAUCCAGACGAUACCAGGUCCAUCCAGGAGGCCUGUUCCAGUUUCCAAUCCAGUUGAGGGCUCAAGAGUGGAUGGAAGGAGAUGAUUUUAACACAGAGGCAGUGAUGAACAUCUGUGAUGACCUGAUGGCAGACCAAAGGAUGGACAUCUCGUCUACAAUGACCGACUUCAUGUCCCCCGGGUCCACCGACGUCAUCUCCAGCUCCAUCAGCACGCCAGGCAUGGACUACACCCGCAAGAGGAAGGGCAGCACCACCGACUACCAAAUCGAUGGCUUCUCAUUUGAUGACAUGGACCCAGACAAAGAUAAAAUGGGGAGUGACCAACAGGGCCGGAUUAAGAAUGCCAGAGAGGCUCACAGCCAGAUCGAGAAGCGUCGCAGGGACAAGAUGAACAGCUUCAUCGACGAGCUGGCGUCACUGGUGCCCACCUGCAACGCCAUGUCCCGCAAGCUGGACAAGCUGACGGUGCUGCGAAUGGCCGUCCAGCACAUGAAGACACUCAGAGGUGCAGCCAACCCAUACACAGAGGCCAACUACAAGCCUUCCUUCCUCUCAGACGAUGAACUGAAGCAUUUGAUACUAAGGGCUGCUGACGGUUUCCUGUUUGUGGUUGGGUGUGAUCGUGGGAAGAUCCUCUUUGUGUCUGAAUCCGUCUACAAAAUUCUCAACUACAGCCAGAACGACCUGAUAGGCCAGAGCCUGUUUGACUACCUUCACCCCAAGGACAUCGCCAAGGUCAAAGAGCAGCUGUCCUCUUCCGACACGGCCCCACGAGAGAGGCUCAUUGAUGCUAAAACCGGUCUUCCAGUCAAGACAGACAUCACCCCCGGCCCAUCUAGACUCUGUUCUGGAGCCAGACGGUCGUUUUUCUGCCGGAUGAAGUGCAACAGGCCUUCUGUCAAAGUAGAAGAUAAAGACUUUCCCUCCACCUGCUCGAAGAAAAAAGCGGACCGUAAGAGCUUCUGCACCAUCCACAGCACAGGCUACCUGAAGAGCUGGCCUCCCACCAAGAUGGGUCUCGAUGAUGACAACGAGCCCGACAACGAGGGCUGCAACCUGAGCUGCCUGGUGGCCAUCGGCCGCCUUCACCCACACAUUUUCCCCCAGCCCAGUCUGGCAGACAUCAGAGUGAAGCCCACAGAGUACGUCUCCCGGCACGCAAUCGAUGGCAAGUUCGUCUUCGUCGACCAGAGAGCCACAGCCAUCCUCGCGUACCUGCCCCAGGAGCUGCUGGGAACCUCCUUCUAUGAGUAUUUCCACCAGGACGACAUCAGCCACCUGGCAGAGUGCCACAGACAAGUGCUUCAGAUGAGAGAGAAGAUCAACACCAACUGUUACAAAUUCAAGAUCAAAGACGGCUCCUUCAUCACGCUGAGGAGCCGAUGGUUCAGCUUCAUGAACCCCUGGACCAAGGAGGUGGAGUACAUCGUCUCCACCAACACUGUUGUCUCGUGUCCUAUGAUGGAAGGAUUGGACUACCCUCAAUCUGCUGCCUCACCACAGAGUAUGGACAGUGUUCUCACCUCAGAGGGUGGGGGGAGGCGGGCGCUGCAGACGGUGCCUGGCAUCCCAGGUGGCACAAGAGCAGGAGCCGGCAAGAUUGGACGCAUGAUUGCCGAGGAAGUGAUGGAGAUCCAGAGGAUUCGAGGGUCCUCCCCCUCCAGCUGUGGCUCUAGCCCUCUGAACAUCACCAGCACCCCUCCACCUGACACCUGCUCCCCUGGGGGCAAGAAGAUUCAGAACGGAGGGACACCCGAGCUGCCAAGCACAGGGAUCAUUCCUGGCCCUGAUUCUGUCGGCUAUCCCUACUCCAACCAGUCCAUCAUGAGUGACAACUCCCACCUGAGCAUAGACAUCAUGGACGAGCCCGGUUCCAGCAGCCCCAGCAACGACGAGGCGGCCAUGGCGGUCAUCAUGUCCCUGCUGGAAGCGGACGCCGGCCUGGGCGGACCUGUCGACUUCAGCGACCUGCCCUGGCCUUUGUGAGGACACUCUAAGGGAAGAAGCAGCGAGAGAGCGAGAGCGAGAGAGAGAGACUUCCUCUUAGCACCAGAGCCACUGAUGGAGAGAGUUCAGUCAGGCUGAAUUCUGGCUGCCAUGUUUCCUGCCCUUCUACACACAACUACACUGCAAACAAUGUUCAUCUUAAUGAAUUUUUAAUUUAAAUCUGUCCUUACACACACACACACACACACACACACACACACGCACACACAAGAGGAGACUUUCUCUUCAUGUUGUUUAGUGCAGUUCAGUCUGGAUGGCUCUCACUACUCUUCAGAUCUCACUCCUACUUUUUGACUCAUCAUUCCCUGUAGGUGGACCUGUGUUUCAUCGGGGGCAGGAAGACGGAUCAUUAUAUAAACAUCCUGCUCCAGCUGAUGCGUUGGGAUGAUCAUGAUUGCAGUGUCAGUUGUCUGUAGAUGAGGGGUUUCUCUAACAUUGCCACGGUGACAGACCAUUACUCUUUGAAAACAGUCCAGCAAACGGAAUCGCAAGUUUUUUUGUUUUGUUUUUUUUAGAUCUGCGGUGCUAACGUGUCUGCUGAUGGACUGAUCUCUGUCUAACAGUGGUUCUGGGUUCCUGUCGCCGCCCGGUCAUCAGCCAACCCAGAGCCAAUACAGGACUCCUGACACUUUCACAGACAUUGGGUUGAAGUUUGAUGUGGAGAACGCUUUGAUUUCUGCCUCCUACGACAGCCCUCUCAACAGUCUGCUCGUAGGACGUUGGUGCCGUACAAACACGGCCGUGGUUCCCUCCCCCUGAACGUGGCUGCUUUAGCCCGCUGAUCUCCAACAUGGGAAAUGAAAACACAACAGUUAGAAGUCCUUUAUUCCCGAGAUCCCACAAGCACGUGUAUUUUAGUUCAUUUGAAUAAUGACAAAAUCCUAUUUGAAAAAGCCACCUAGCUGCUAUUUCCUUAACUAACAUGAACGUUAACAACUUUUCUUUCCAAGCUGCUCUAAAGCUAAAGAUUGAUACAUUUUCCCAGAAGAACAGAGCAGAUUCAGUAUUUUUAAAACACAGUUAAUUCAUUUUAAACAAAACUGAUCUGCCUGAAAGUCCUCGCAGUAGUUCUGUAAGACGAUGCAUUUGAAAACUGUCCAAAAGCAAUAUUCAAAAAGCUUUUGCGUGUAGCAGCCAGUGAUUCAUGUGACUCGCUAAAUAGAUGAAGGGAUCUUCCAAAAAAAAAAGUCCAAACGUAUAGACCCCAUCUGACCUGAAAGGGACUCGAGGACGCUCCGAGGAGACCCGGAGGUUAUUAGGACUGAACAUUUGAUUAAAUGUAAUAAGCUUGAAUUAGCACGUUUCUGGGCCACCACAGCGUCUGAAUCAGAGUCCUCAUCUGACCGAGCCGACCGACUCCCUGCACACGGGAAAAUCUUUCGAACACUUAUCCAAUUUUUAAUUGGCCAAACAGCUUAAUUUCAGAUAAUUAUAAGAGUCACAUUAGAAUGUUUAUGACUCACAACCAUUUGCUUCUAUAAUGGUUGUGUAUGCGGGGAAAUGUAACAGGUAUGAUCCUGUGCAGCUGUGGCCACUAAUUUAAAGUAACACAACCCAGAGGUACGGUGGCCUGCGACUCAACAAGCGUGCUGCAGAUUCAGUCCUACGACACAACGGAAGUGUUUCCAGCAGACACGAGCGUGGGGGGUUGGGGUGGGGGGUGGAGGGUUACCAUGAAGACGUAAUCCUAACUGCAGUGGCCCGGGUUCGAGUCGAACCUGUGGCCCUUUGCUUCAUAUCCUCUCUCUCUCUCUCUCUCUCUCUCUCUCUCUCCUCUCUCUCUCUCUCUCUCUCUCUCUCUCUCUCUCUGUCUCUGUCUCUGUCUCUCUCUCUCUCUCUCUCUCUCUCUCUCUCUCUCUCUCUCUCUCUCUCUCUCUCUCUCUCUCUCUCUCUCUCUGCCCCUGACUUUCCUGUCUCUCUCUCUCACUACAGGAAAAAAUAACUCCAAGAGAAAAAAGUGAUGCACCUGCUGGGACGCUUGUUAUUCAAUGCUUUUACUGUAAUGUAACUUCAAAAUAAGUCCCAGCCAGGUUCAUCACUUUUUAGUGUCCCCCUGGAAACACUUGCGUUGUGUUUGUGUCUUUGCAUUUGUUCUGUUCAGUUGCAGUGCGUUGAGCUCUCAGGGCCACCGUACAGAGGUGAUGAGCUGUGUCCCUCUUCAAUACUACAAACUCGCUCUAAGCAGGUUUCAGUCUGUGGCGUGUCCACAAUGGAACAAUAAAUAAAGUCAAAACAAAAGAACUAAAAACCACCAUAGAAAAAUUUCUUGUUAGUAUAAAACAGUAAAAACAAUAUACUGUAAAGAUUAGUAAACACUAUAUACCAUAUACAAUUACCAUGUAGUAUUGAACUGAGAUCCUGGCCAUCUCUCACCCAGUGCAUGCUGGGAUAGGCUUCAGCCCCCAGCAUCCUUCCAAAGGAUAACAGGGUAUCGAUGAUGGAGCUCACAGUUCACACAAUGCCUCAAAAAAAAAAAAAAAAGAAAUCUGUGAUAAUUGUGAGGCAGCAGGGGAUGGCAGCUGCUCUGAUCCACCUAUGUGUUAAGACACUGACUCACAGACCUGAGACCAGCGGCGUUACGAGAACCUUAGGUUAUCAGAAACCUGAGUGGACCUGUGAAAACCUCUCCUGCUCUGUUCUCUAAUGCGUGUUCUUCACCACGUUGAUAGCGGGUGCUCGGCAGGAGAACAGCGAACAGCAGGAGCGAUGCCGUGACGACGGUUGCAACAAAUAAUCAGACUUUAAUGGGAAUAAUGAGGUGAAGUUGAAUCUGGUGGGAGCAGCAGCAGCUCGGUGCGUAGGUGUGUUUUCAUGGCUGUAACACUUGAUUUCCCUCUGCACACGUUUUCCAGUCUCAGUAGAGAGCAACUCAACUGCAAACCAAGACAAUUUAAGUGCUCCUCCAUGAGGAAGUGUUUUUUCACUGCCAUUUUAGUGAGGUCGGCUCCUCACAUACUGCUCUCUACAGCUAAACACAUGCUGGCAGGCGAGUUAGCAUCACUCCCCCCUGACAUGAAUCAUAAAAACCUGGUGGUCUGGGGGGGUGGGGGGGUGUCACAGGGUCUCCACCUGCUCAUCUUCCAGCUACACGACAUGAAGAACUUACAUACAUACAGUUAGACCGUCACUAAACUCCAUCAGGAGAAGCGUCUCUGGAGAGAUGUCAUUUCUUUGCCUUUGUGAUGCGAAGAUUUAAGAACUGGCCGACUGUGUGUCGUCAGUAUCUGGGCUUGAAUUUAGCCUCAGAAAAAAGAUAAAAUAAAUGAAUAGUAAAAGUGCCCCUCUAACUUGUUUGACUGAGGAGAAGUUCAAAUUAAAUACCUCGUGAGUUUAAUUCUACUGCAUCAGUGACGGAUUUACAUUAUAUGGGUUUUUUAAAAAAAAAAAAAAAAAAUCCCACAGUUAAUCUUGAAUUUGGUCUGUUUAGCACUUAAUGAUACACAGAUGUACUGUGGCUGUAUGUAACUGUCAAUGCAACCUACCUUGUUUGCAGAGGGGGCUAUAGUAUAAAACGUGGGGGAAUUAUCACAUAGAAACAGAUAAAUGUCUGAGAGAUGGAGGCGGCAGUAACCCAGCAGAGUAGGAUAGAGCUAAUUGACAUUUCUCUAAUCACGUCCUGUGACAGUGAACAGGGUCAGGAGGGACGGCGAAGAGCGUCUGAGUGGAAUUCUUCAUUUCACUCUUCAUUUUUCUUCCAUGAUGAUGAUGAUGAUGAUGAUGAUUAUGAUGAAUAUUCUCGACACAACCUCUCCACCUUGCCAGCUCUGUGCCGCUCACUGGGCUCUCAUGUUGAGUUUGUUUAGAGGUAGACAUGUUGAGAGGAGCCUCACUGGUCGGUGUCCCCCCCCACCCCCCCACCCCCCCACCCCUGCCUGUAUGGAAAGAAAAGUGACCAGGAAUAUAUUUUUUGGGCCACAUUUCCCAUGUGCAUUGAAUUUUCAGAAAGCAUUUGGCAGAUUAUUUCAAAUGAUAGCAAAAAUUAUAAAAAAUAUUAAACUUAGAAAUGUUUAUAUAGUCUCAAAUAUAUACAGAAUAUAUUCAAAAUGAAGACAAUUCAGGUCAAUUCACUUUUAUUUGUAUUGUGCCAAAUUACAAAAUAUAUUAUCUCAAGGUACUAACAACCACUUUUUGAAAGCUAAUGAGAAUCCCAAAAAAAAAUGAAUAUUGAAAUAGGAAUAAAAUUUAAGAUUUACAUUACAAGUGCUGAAAUGUACUUGGGAAAACAAGAAAUACAUGAUUAAGUUUCCCAAAUUAUCCUGGAAAUUCAUACUCUUUAAAUAUACUUUUUUCCAAUGAAGUGGCCAACUUUUGCAUAUUUGUAUGCAUUUAUAAAUUUAAAAUUAAUGCAGUUGUAGCCACAGUUUGUGCCUUUUUUGUAUUAUCAUUACAUUUGUGUCACAGAGAUGAAGUCACCUUUUUGUUUUUUGUGUUUUUUGGCUGGACUGCGACAGACACCCUGAAAAACUUGAUUCUGACUGAGUGAUAAAAUCACACCAUUGGUCGGCCGGUUGAGUGCUGGAGUUUUCAUGUUUUCAUAAAAGCACCUAGCAACCAAUCUAGUGACUUUUUGGACAAAUCUUAGCUACUCUCUGUCGAAGAGAAUCGUGAGUAUUGCUCCACAAGCGCAAGGUCUGGACCCUUUUGUAUUAUGUAUUAUAAAAAAAAACAAUUUCUCAAUCAGCUUCUUAUUUUAAGUGAUGGAUUCUCGCAUAAAGAGACAAUUCUCUCAGUUUUUGAAUGAGAAUCUGAUGACAGUUGUUUGGUGUCUGUCAAUCAAAUCUGACCAACCCACACAGUCCUAAACCAGAUUCAUUGAUAAUUGACUGUUAAAUGUUCCGAUCUUGACUGUUAUUUAAUUAGUCAUGACUGUUAAAUGUCACACAGAAACACUUAGAAACCACAUUUUCAGGGGUUUUAAAACAGGCAAAUAAAACUGCUAAUAACAUUUUUAUAUUUUGGCUUACAAUGUAUAAAUUGAGCAAUAAUGUAAUCUGUGGCCACCGUCUUUGUUUGGAUGACAAAACACAGUCCCAACUAAUAAUGACAAAUGCUCAGCAACUUUCUUGGUUUAUUAAUCGUAGGAAUUUAUCUUUCAGGAAAUGUGACUUUGAAUGUAAUAAUAAUAAACGUCAGGCACAAACUGGGGUGAUGGAAAUCAAACAUAUUUUCUUUCCUCAUGGGCAGAAAGCUUCUAACAUCCGACUCGAUAUCGACCAGUUGUGGCUGAGCAUCCGGCAGCCCUUUAAAACUAGAUUCUGUCUCGCUGCAGCAGUUCCUGUGCCACACAUCUGUGUCGCCCCCCUCGGUUAGUGCGUACAGUUGGGUUGCACCAGGUCUGUUAACAAGAACACCCCCCCACCCCCCCACCCCUGAGGCAGCAGCUGGUGAGGUCCCCCUGUGUAUCUGUUCUAGUGGUUUUCUGUUUCAAUGUUUUUACGCUACACACUACAAUAAAGUGUUUCCCCUGUUGAUAUCCCCCUCCCCACCUGACAAUAAUGUAUCAAAUCUUUAAAUAUUAUCAUGUUAAGAGUAUACUUUAUGCAAAUAUAUAUGAGUAUGAUGAGUGUAUUGUAUGUAUCAACAGUGAAAUAUUUUUAAAAUAAAACUAUUUGUUUCUGUCA